GCUUUAGAGGAUCUGGAACCCCGAUUGAAAAACACACUCUUCUUUCCAUUCUCUCUCCAUCUUCAUCUUUGUCUUUUCUGAAGCGGUAUCAAGUGGACUUUAAUUAGGGUUCUCUCUGUUUUGAUUCUGCAACUGCUUUUUUUUUUUCAGGUGAAUUAAGAUUCGAAUCUUAGAUCGAGCCCAGAUAAUAGAAGAACACCGAGUAAAAGUACUUCAACCAUGCCUCGUAGGAGAGUCGACGAUGACCUUGACCCUGAGGAAGAGGAGGAAGACGAAGAAGACGAAUAUGAUGGUGAUCAUGGCAAGAAGCGUCGAAGAUCUGAUUUUAUUGAUGAUGCAGCUAUUGAGGACGAGGAGGAGGAAGAAGAGGAUGAAGAGGACGAGUACGAUGAUCAUCGUGGUGGCCGUAAGCAUAGGAAAGCUGGGUCAGAGUUCUUGGAUCUUGAAGCUGCUGUUGAUAGUGAUGAUGAAGAGGAGGAGGAAGCUGAGGAUGAUGACUUCAUAGUAGAUGGUGGGGCUGACUUACCUGAAGAAGAAGAUGCGAGGAGGAUACAUCGUCGUCCUUUGCCUGCCGAGGAUGAACAAGAAGAUUUUGAAGCUCUUGAGAGAAGAAUUCAGGCAAGAUAUGCCAGAUCAAGUCACACUGACUAUGAUGAGGAGGCCACGGACGUUGAGCAGCAGGCUCUCCUGCCAUCCAUCAAGGAUUCUAAAUUAUGGAUGAUUAAGUGUUUGAUUGGUCAUGAGCGAGAGGCAGCUGUCUGCCUAAUGCAGAAGUACAUUGAUAAAGGAUCUGAAUUGCAGAUUAGGUCCGCAAUUGCCCUUGAUCAUCUUAAGAACUAUAUAUAUGUGGAAGCGGACAAAGAAAGCCAUGUUAGGGAGGCUUGCAAGGGUCUGCGAAAUAUCUAUUCACAAAAAGUGAUGCUUGUUCCUAUAAAAGAAAUGACUGCUGUACUCUCAGUUGAAAGCAAAUCUGUAGAUCUUUCUAGAGAUGCGUGGGUCCGAAUGAAGAUUGGAACGUAUAAAGGAGACCUUGCAAAAGUCGUGGAUGUGGACAAUGUGAGGCAGAGAGUAACAGUGAAACUAAUUCCGAGGAUUGAUUUACAGGCUCUUGCUAAUAAAUUGGAAGGUAGGGAAGUUGUGAAGAAGAAGGCAUUUGUGCCUCCUCCACGUUUUAUGAAUAUAGAGGAGGCAAGAGAGAUGCAUAUCCGUGUUGAGCGUAGGAGAGAUGCAGCCACUGGUGCUUACUUUGAGAAUAUUGAUGGCAUGAUGUUUAAGGAUGGUUUCCUAUAUAAAACAGUAUCGAUGAAAUCAAUUAGCUCUCAGAACAUCCACCCAACUUUUGAUGAACUUGAGAAAUUUCGGAAGCCAGGGGAAGAUGGAGAUGGCGAUACGAGUGGUUUGUCUACUUUAUUCGCAAACAGAAAGAAAGGCCAUUUCAUGAAGGGGGAUGCAGUCAUUGUGGUGAAGGGAGAUCUGAAGAAUCUGAUGGGAUGGGUGGAGAAAGUAGAUGAAGAAAAUGUCCAUAUUAGACCAAAAAUGAAGGGCUUGCCGAAAACUCUUGCUGUUAAUGAGAAAGAACUUUGCAAGUAUUUCGAACCAGGGGAUCAUGUGAAAGUUAUUUCUGGUGCUCAUGAAGGUGCAACUGGUAUGGUUGUUAAGGUUGAAGGCCAUGUCCUUUACAUUGUUUCAGAUACAACCAAGGAAGAUAUCCGUGUAUUUGCAGACAAUGUUGUAGAAAGUUCUGAAGUAUCUGCUGGUGUUACGAAAAUUGGGGACUAUGAGUUACAUGAUCUUGUGCUGCUUGAUAAUAUGAGCUUCGGUGUAAUUAUACGUGUAGAAAGUGAAGCUUUCCAGGUGCUUAAGGGAGUGCCAGAGAGACCUGAGGUUGUUCUUGUUAAGUUAAGAGAGAUCAAAAGCAAAAUUGAGAGGAAAUUUAAUGCUCAAGAUCACUCUAAGAAUACUAUGUCUGUGAAAGAUGUUGUAAAGAUUGUGGAGGGUCCUUGCAAAGGAAAGCAAGGUCCUGUGGAACACAUAUAUAGAGGAAUUUUGUUCAUUUAUGAUCGCCAUCACCUUGAACAUGCUGGUUAUAUCUGUGCUAAGUCUCAGUCUUGUGUAGUUGUUGGUGGAUCUCGUGGCAACAGCAACAGAAAUAAUGAUUCCCUGUCAAGAUUUGCGGGUCUCAGAGCUUCACCUCAUGUCACCCAGUCCCCUAGAAGACCACCGAGAGGAUCUCCAUUAGACUCUGGAGGAAGACACAGAGGUGGUAGAGGACAUGAUUCUCUGGUGGGUAGUACUAUUAAAAUUCGGUUAGGACCCUUUAAGGGGUACCGUGGGCGUGUGGUAGAUGUCAAGGGUCAAUCAGUCCGGAUUGAAUUGGAAUCACAAAUGAAAGUUGUUACAGUUAACCGUGAUCAGAUUUCUGAUACUGCCACUGUUUCAACUCCCUUCCGUGAAACAUCUCGGUAUGGUCUGGGAAGUGAGACGCCCAUGCAUCCAUCACGUACUCCACUACAUCCAUAUAUGACUCCUAUGAGAGAUCCAGGGGCUACACCGAUACAUGAUGGCAUGAGAACGCCUAUGAGGGAUCGAGCUUGGAAUCCUUAUGCGCCAAUGAGUCCAGCAAGAGAAAGUUGGGAAGAUGGAAAUCCUGCUUCCUGGGGAACCAGUCCUCAGUAUCAGCCAGGAAGUCCUCCUCGUCGGCCCUAUGAAGCACCAACUCCUGGUUCAGGUUGGGCUAACACUCCUGGUGGUAAUUUCAGUGAAGCAGGAACACCAAGGGAAAGCAGCCCAGCAUAUGCAAGUGCUCCAAGCCCUUACUUGCCCUCAACUCCUGGUGGGCAGCCAAUGACUCCAAGUUCUGCGUCAUACCUACCUAGCACUCCGGGAGGGCAGCCAAUGACUCCUGGAAGUGGUAGUCUGGAUAUUAUGUCUCCAACAAUAGGUGGGGUGGGUGAAGGGCUGUGGUUGCUGCCUGAUGUACUGGUCAAUGUCAGAAAAUCGGGAGAAAAUACUGCCAUUGGGAUUGUACGCGAAGUGCUUCCGGAUGGUUCUUGCAAGGUUGCUCUUGGAUCGACUGGUAAUGGAGAGAUGGUCACUGCACUGCCAAAUGAAAUGGAGACGGUGGUGCCCAGGAAAUCAGAUAAAAUAAAGAUCAUGAGUGGUACCCAACGUGGUGCUACUGGGAAGCUAAUAGGUAUUGAUGGCACGGAUGGGAUUGUUAAAGUGGAUGACACUUUGGAUGUUAAGAUUUUGGAUAUGAUCAUUUUGGCAAAGUUAGCAUAACAUUAAUACUUUAUAAUUAAUUGUUUAUAAGGUGAAAAAUAAAAAAAAAUAAAAAAAAAUAAAAAAAGAAAUGA